UGGGAGGGUGAAACUCCACUGUCAUAUAACCCUGUCUGAGUCAUUUUAAUCUAAUCGCCUUCCUUUAAAUCCUGGAAGAGCUGCAUCAAGACUACAUUUAGAGAGCAAGAAUCGCCCAAGAUGUUGAGUGGAGCUCACCUUCUGAAUUUGUUCUGGCUGUUCCGCUACUUGUCUGGAAGGAAGCUGUGCUGAUGAAACUCACGCUGACAUUUGGAUGGUGCAUGCAGGCAGUCUUGCCUACAUCAAGCUGAAACUCCACACUAUGAUCUACAUUUCAAGCUUAUCAAAGAUUAAAUUGAUAUUUAUGGGCUAGUCUGGAAAUUUACAAACCACUUGUUUCACUACAUCACAAGAAAAUAUGUGCAAAUUCCAGCAAGCUGACUUGUAAAGGGGCAUUUAGAACACGAUUCAAUUUAUGAAAUACUCCUUAAUCCCUGACAACCAUUGUGAAGAUGGAAUUAUGAAUAUGGCAACCUUCCUACGGGGCUUUGAAGAAAAGGGGUUAAAGAACGACAGGCCUGGGGACCAGUUCAAUAAAGAGAAGAAGAAGAUUCUCUUCUCCUUUUGUGAUGUGUGCAACAUCCAGCUAAAUUCUGCAGCCCAGGCCCAGGUCCAUUAUGACGGCAAAUCCCAUAGAAAGCGGGUCAAGCAGCUGAGUGAUGGGCAGCCUCCGCCCCCAGCCCAGGGCUCAGGGCCACUGCUUGCCAGCUCUUGCCCUUGCCCUGCCACGAACACCAGCACAGGCAGUGCAUGUCACACUACUACCCUUCCUGCACUCGUGCGCACACCCACCCUGAUGAUGCAGCCUUCGCUGGACAUCAAACCAUUCAUGUCUUUUCCAGUGGACAGUAGCUCUGCUGUCGGGCUCUUUCCAAAUUUUAACACAAAAAGAAGAGGCUUAUUUGGGACCAAUAAAUUCUGCCAGAUGGACCCUGUGCAGAAAGCCGUCAUUAACCACACGUUUGGAGUCUCCAUUCCCCCAAAGAAGAAGCAAGUUAUUUCUUGUAAUGUCUGUCAGCUUCGCUUUAACUCGGAUAGCCAGGCCGAGGCCCACUACAAAGGAAGUAAACAUGCCAAGAAGGUCAAAGCACUAGAGGCAACGAAAAAUAAACCCAAAAUGGUUCCUUCCAAGGACAGCGCAAAGGCUAAUCCCAGCUGCUCCAUCAGGCCAAUCACAGGCGACAGCUCUGACAAAUCAGACGACAAAGGGAAGCUAAAAGCCACCAGUUCCACUCAGCCCUCAGGCUCUGAAGGAGGCUCCUUUCUCCUCAAAUCUGGAACAACACCCCUACCACCUGCAGCCAUCACUUCUCCCUCAAAGAGCACAAACGGCGGCGCUCUGGGGUCUGUUGCUGAGUCAGAAGAAGAAAAAGCCAAAAAAUUACUCUAUUGCUCACUAUGCAAAGUGGCUGUGAACUCCCUGUCACAGCUGGAAGCACACAACACAGGAUCUAAACACAAGACCAUGGUUGAGGCUCGUAAUGGAGCUGGUCCAAUUAAGUCCUAUCCAAGACCUGGGUCAAGAUUGAAGAUGCAGAAUGGCAGUAAGGGUUCAGGACUACAGAACAAGACAUUUCAUUGUGAAAUCUGUGAUGUUCACGUUAACUCAGAAAUUCAACUCAAGCAGCACAUUUCAAGCCGAAGGCAUAAAGACCGCGUGGCGGGAAAACCAUUGAAGCCGAAAUACAGCCCCUACAACAAGCUCCAGCGGAGCCCAAGCAUUUUAGCCGCAAAGCUUGCAUUCCAGAAAGAUCUGAUGAAGCCCCUGGCCCCGACUUUUCUUUCCUCGCCCCUGGCGGCUGCAGCUGUGUCGUCUGCUCUGUCCCUACCACCUCGGCCAUCCGCCUCUCUGUUUCAGGCUGCAGCCAUCCCUCCCGCCCUGCUGAGGCCUGGCCACGGGCCCAUCCGAGCCACUCCUGCCUCCAUCCUCUUUGCCCCUUACUAAAUACUUGUAGCCCGCAGCAGGCCAGACCAGUGGAAAGGUGUAGAAGAAAAGCCCAAAGGAUUCAGCAGUGUAAGCUGUGUGUGUGUGUGUGUGUGUGUGUGUGUGUGUGUGUGUGUAUGUGUAAGCACCCCACCCACCCACUUACAAAGUGCAGGCCACAGCCCAGCCCAACCCCAAAGACAGGCUCAAGGGCACUGUUCCCCUACUUCCUGUACCCCCUAGGUCCUACCCCAGCCAAUUGGUGUACCUGAGAUAUUUAAGUUUCUUGAAAAUAUAUUGAUAAAGAAAAAAAUAAAACUGACCGCUGUAUUCCCAUGGACAUGAUCUGGCUUAGAAGCAAAAUGGAAUCUCUUCCUGACAGACUUGAACAGUAGACUCUUCCUCGGACGUCUGUAAAUAACUCUAGAGUCCAAGCGGGCAUAUUCUAGUGUGGAACAAAAGUCCAUCAUCGCAAGUGCUUAAUUGUGGAUACCAUCUUCCCCAUGGAUCAUGGCAUUUCUCUUUCUGGUGUACUAGUGUCCACAGGGACUGUGUACUGUUCUAGACCUGAGUACUGUUGUAUCCCGUGUAGUACUAGAGUGUAACUCUUGUCGAAUUCAACUUUUUUUUAUUGCUGUGUAAUUGUUAGGAAGCAAAGUAGCUUUGAAAUUCUUUCUCUUUAAGAGAACAAAAGAUAAUGUAUUUUCUUCAUUUCAUGUUUUAUUUGGAGAUAUUUAAAUGAAAUAGAAAGCCAUAUAACAUAGCUAUAACUACUACCUGUUGGCUAUUUUUGUUUUAACUUAUUUUUGUAGCACCCUCAUUGGUUUGAGUUGCUAAGCAAAUGUAUACAGAAACAAAAAGAGCUUCCUAAUUGCACAUUUUUGCACCUUCUGUGCAUCUGCAAGAAGACAAUGAAUCCGUGUAUUUCUACAUAAUGAUCUUCAUUUUAAACUUUUGUUGUUCAUUUGUAAUGAUGCUACAUAACUCUGUGGCUCCCUGAUGCAAUAAUGUACAGAAGAUAUAUAAUUUAUAAUUGAACAGUCUGUCUUUCUGUUCAGUGACUGUGUCACAGGUCACGUGACUAUGCCCUGCUUCCCCCCCCCAAAAAAAAACUGAUGUUUAAGACUGGAAUGUUUGUGAUAUCAGGGGCAAGAGGUAUCAUAAAACAAUACAUAGAGUGGUGAAGUCUUUUAGAGGGCCUAUAUCUGCAAUCUGUAAAUGGUAAAAUGUCUGUGUAUUUUUUUAAAUGUACCUUUUCAAUAAAAGUACAAAAAAAUC